AGUUAUUAAUCGUUCCGUUAGUAACGUAGGUAGCUAGCUUAGCAGCUGUAAUGUCUCUCCCUCCAGAAAAAGCUUCCGAGCUGAAGCAAAUCAUUCACAACCAUCUGCUCAAGAUGGAUAUUCAUGGUAAGAUUCGUGAGGUGCUGGCUCAGACUGUGAGGGAUGAUCAAGGUCCAUCACAUCGAGGUCUGUCUGAGGCGGAUUUUCUACACGCUCUUCAGCGCAGGGGCAUCAUAGAUGAUGUGAUGAAGGACCUCCACUUUACCCAGGAAGCACCCACAGAUACAGAAACAGGAUUUCCUCCGAAGCCUGCGACUCACUUUGUAGACAAAGAUCUCACUCAACUGAAGAAAACCAAUAUUGACCCAUCCAGGCGGUACCUGUACCUACAAGUGCUUGGUGGUAAAGCCUUUUUGGAGCACCUCCAGGAGCCAGAGCCUUUACCUGGUCAGGUGUGCUCUACAUUCACACUUUACCUCCACUUCCGAAAUCAGAGGUUUCGCUCAAAGCCAGUGCCCUGCGCCUGUGAACCUGACCUGAAGGAGGGCUUCCUCUUAGAGAUCCACAGAGAUGGCAUAGGAGAGGGCAGUAAGAUGGCAGAUGCAACUGCCAUGCUGUCCAUGUGUGACCCAGUUCACUUGGUUUUGAUCAAGACAGACACCUCCAGUGAGACGACACUGGUAUCGUCCUACUUCCUGGACUGGAGGACAGUCCUCAGCGUGCCCAGUGGGAAGUCCUGCAUUGCUGUGGAGCUGAUGGGAGUUGGAAGUGAAAGCAAACUCCCAGCUGGUGUUUUGACGGUCAGUCUGGAGCUCUACCCCCCUCUCACAGAGACUCUAAACACUGACAUCAUCAGCACACAGCAAUCACUGGAGAGGCAGAGGACAGCGGAGAAGGAAAGGCUCUUCUUGGUUUAUGCCAAACAGUGGUGGAGGGAGUUCCUGGAGAUCCGCCCAUCACACCAAUCCAAAAUGGUCAAGAUCUUUGCACAGGAUGAGAACGGCGUCAACAGGCCCGUCUGCUCUUAUGUGCGUGUCCUCAGGGCGGGCCGCCUGCUAGAGAGCCCUCGACAGGCGGCCCGCUUUGUCAGCCUGCUGGCCCAGGAGAAGGCCCCCGUGGUGGGAGGAGGAGGAGGCAAGCAGGAGCAGUGGUGCACAUUAAUGGCUUUCCUUUGCAGAGGGAAGGGAGACUGUGAGGACCACGCCACCUUGCUGUGCAGCCUGCUGCUGGGCUUUGGCCUGGAUGCAUAUGUGUGUGUGGGCACCAAAGCCAAAGGAACACCACACACCUGGGUCCUGACCAGAGGUACUGAUGGAAGCAUCACCUUCUGGGAGAGCCUGACUGCACACAGAUACCUGCAUCGGGCUAUAGACCCGGAUGCCCCACCGUUGGCCCCUCAGCCCAAACCCUCGUCCCCCUACCGCACUGUGGGCUGUGUCUUCAACCACCAGACCUUCCUGGCCAACUGCCAGCCCUCUGACGCUGUGGAGCUCUGUGUCUUUGACUUCCAGAAUCAGUCUCGGUGGAAAGCAAUGAGCGAAGAGGCUCUCAAGUCUGUUUGUGCCCCAGGUUCCACCACCUCUCUGCCCCCUCUGCCUCCACUCUGCGCCCCAUCUCUGGAUGCUGCUGCUGCCAGCAACCAAAUGGAGCUGGAGAUGCGGUACCUGGUCUCCGAGUACAGGAAGGACUUGGAGCUGGCGACAGUCUGGGACGACCACCUGUCCUACCUGCUGUCCUCGGCCUUGUCGGCCUACGAGCUGGAGCGCUGCAGUGGCGUCUCCUGCGGCAACGAGGAGUUCCAGGACGCAGUGAGGAGGGCGGUGCCCGACGGACACACCUUCAAAGGCUUCCCCAUCCACUUCCUGCAUCGCAAUGCUCGUAGAGCCUUUGCCACCUGCCUCAAGUCUCCAUUCUGUGACGAGAUAGUGUGUUGUCGUGGCGACAGUGUGAGGCUGGCAGUCCGAGUUCGGGUGUUUGUCUAUCCAGAGAACACAUGUGCAGUGUGGCUCAUGUUCGCGUGUAAAUAUCGCUCUGUGCUCUGACCAGCUGACCCUGGACACACACUCACAU